ACGGUCCCUGGUUCUUAUUGUUUUGGUUUUUCAACAUAUGAUUUUCAUGUCAUCAAAUUGUUAGUUUUUGAUUGUUAAUUGUUAUCCACCAUGUUAUUAACUAGAUCAAUAUUCAAUCUUAAUCACGUCAGGAUAAAUUGUAGACAUUUAUCUAGACACAUCAAGAAGAGCAAAGUAAAAUCAUCAGAUAAUCAGUGUCUUCUUAAGCCACGACAAUUAUGGAGACCUGUUGUUGUUACAAUUACGGUGACCGGGAUUUCAUUCACUUCGGCGAUUAUAAUUGAUUAUGAAAAUUUCCGUCUCACAUCUGACCUAUUACCUGAGUCCUUUCAUCAGCUUCGUCGUAAAUAUGACUUUAUCAACAAGAUGUAUUUAACUUGGAAUCGGCUCAAUUCUUGUGAGAAAAUUUUUGUUGGUGUUUGUGCCUUUAAUCUGUUGAUUUGUCUCGGUUUGAAAACUAUUCCCAAUCGUUUGUGUCCCUAUUUUGUUAGUCAAGCUCGAACAAAAAAUCUUUUCCCUUCGAUGAUUCUCCAUAUUUUCAGUCAUUCAUCUUUACUCCAUUUAGCUGUUAACAUGUACGUUCUUUACAGUUGCCUUUCCAUGGUCAACUUUCAUCUCGGAGCCAAUCAAUCAUGGGCUCUUUAUCUAAGUGCCGGAGUAUUCGCUUCUCUGGCCAGUAUUGUUCAUAAAUCCAUUAGAAGAAUUCAUCAACCAUCAAUCGGUGCCUCAGGAGCAAUUCUCGGUCUUCUUGCAGCUUCUUGCAUGAUAAAUCCAGAGGCAAGUCUUGGAAUUGUGUUCAUACCAAACCUUUUGAUUCCAGCAAAAUAUGGCAUUUGUGGGAUAAUCGCUCUGGACACUAUGGGGAUUAUCCGACAAUGGAGACUGUUUGAUCAUGCGGCUCAUCUUGGUGGUACCAUUUUCGGAAUUUGGUACAUAAAAUAUGGACAAGAACUAAUCUGGAGACAGCGAACUCGCUUGUUGCGUGUUUAUCUGGACCUUAAAAAACGCCUUUAAUCGAGUAGAUAAUUUAUUUAUUUUUAAUUGUCGCGUUCUCCUUGCAAUAGAUGUGAUACCAAAAACAUACUCGCACGUGAAUACCGCUGAUUAGUUUCAAAGUAAAACCAUUUCAUUACUUGUUA